CUGUGCUGAAGGCGGAUCCCUGCGCUGUCGCUCGGAAACUUUACUCCGAGUCUCGGACCCACGGCUUCAACGCAGCACCUGGGCCCGUAUUCGGCAUUCUCUGUCUCUCACCGGAACCGCUCGCUUAUUCUCAGCUACACAGACCGUGUCUCGGUGUAGAAGAAGAAGAUGGGGGAUAAGGAGCUGAUGUGGGCUUUGAAGAACGGAGACCUGGAUGAAGUGAAGACAUUACUGACAAAGGAUGAGGAUGUAAACCGGACACUGGAGGGCGGUAGAAAGCCCCUGCACUACGCAGCAGACUGCGGCCAGGUUGAGAUGGUGGAGUUCCUGUUGUCUAAAGGCGCAGAUGUGAACGCUCCAGAUAAACACGGUAUCACUCCGUUGCUGUCUGCCACUUACGAGGGUCACGUGUCCUGCGUCAGAAUCCUGCUAGAGAAGGGAGCUGAUAAGGACAGAAAGGGACCAGACGGACUGAGCGCGCUCGAGGCAGCAGAGGACGAAAACAUUAAAGCCCUGCUGAAAUGAGGCUCGGCUCAUCGGCCUGCAGCUCCGAGGUGUAAACAGACACUUGGCUGCCACCAAACAGAUCUCACUCACACACACACACACACACACACACACACACACUAAUUCACACAUCUUCGAAUCUGGCCGGUGGCUGCCUCGUCGUCUCAUGGGUUUUCUUCUUGUGUUCCACAUUUCCUUUUUUUUAUUUUAAUUUUUUUUAUUGUUACAAUUAUUAUAAUUAUUGUUAUUCUAGGGGAGCGGGUGUACGAUUUCUCUGCUAGCGUAUUUGAAUUAGCGAGUCUCUCCAUCAGAUACAGAGCCCUAGCUGUGAGAAAGCUGACCAUCUCCACCCCUGCGUACCACUAAACCAACACACACACACACACACACACACCGCUUAUUUGCUAAUUGAAGCGUCCUUGUGUUGCAGGCAGCCGAACAAUCCUGAUGUAAAUGUGUUUUGUACUGUACCGCUGAAAGAGGAAUGGUUUAAAAAAUUCCGAGGAAAACAACACGUGAUGCGUCUCUCCUCAUUCCCGUACACGAUCAGGGGCGACGUAAUUAAAAAGAAACAAAAAAACAAACAACCCUCAGUUAAAAAUGCGAACUUACACACAAACAAAAAAAAACAAAAAACGAUUGGCAUUAUAAACAUUAGAUUACAUUCCCAGAGUGGGUCUUCAUGAGCUUUUCAAAACAACGGCUUACAAAUAAUCCUACAUUUAAAAAAAGGUGUUGAAACAAGGUCAUGUGAUCCUACACUCCUCCUCCUCCUGUCUGCUCUCUCACAGCUUCACUCUGGAUAAUAUGGGUCACAGAACAAAAAGGUUCCAAGUUCUGUGUCGAGAUAAAAAACGUGUGAGAGACGGGAACCAAACGAGCACUUCUUUCCCCGAUAAGGUUGGACUCCUCUGCUUCCCCGACUGCAUGCCUGCACUCCUACACUCGGAGAAAACCCCAACGCUGUGCUUUUUCUCUUUCUCAAUUUCUGGUCUCUUGGUUUUUGUUUUCUUUCUUUGAAGUGGCAAAUUCAACCGUGAAACAAAAAAGAAACCGAUUUAAAGCUUUGUAUUUGGCUUCGUUGUUAGAACAAUUGUUGAAAAGAAAAUGAAUAAAAAGUUUCAAUUUAAA